AAGAGGAGGUUCGGGUGAAAGUGGAGCCGAGGGAAAGAGAGGAAACUGCCAGGAGCAGGCUAUGCGGGUCCAGACUCUUAUUAACAGGCUGUCAGCGCAGGUCCGCACGCAAACCGAGGGACGCGGAGAUGUCAGCGAGGGGACGAGGAUGUAGCACACCUGCGUGGAGCGGCGUGCGGCGCGUCUAAAAGACGGAACUCAUUCUGGAUUCAAUGCAUGUGCAGUUCCUCACCAGUGAUGAGUUGGCUCCUGUUGUGGAUUCUAACAGCAGCCGGGAUUCAACAGGCCUACUCCCUGAAUUCCACCACCAUGCCGCCUGCCGCGGCCAUCACAUCCCCAUCCGCAGACACAUUCAACCGCACGCAGUACUGCAAGUGGCCCUGCGAGUGUCCAGAGAGCCCCCCUAAGUGCCCGCCAGGUGUAAGCCUCCUCAUGGAUGGCUGUGACUGCUGCAAGACCUGCGCCCAGCAGGUGGGCGAGGUGUGCAAUGAGGCAGACACGUGCGACUACCACAAGGGACUGUACUGUGACUACAGCUCAGACAAGCCUAGGUACGAAAAAGGAGUGUGUGCAUACAUGGUGGGAACCGGCUGUGAGCACAAUGGUGUGAUCUACCGUAACGGGCAGAGUUUCCAGCCCAACUGUAAAUACCAGUGUGUGUGUGUUAACGGUGCCAUUGGUUGUGUGGGGCUGUGCACAGAGUCGCAGCCUCCCCGUGUGUGGUGCCAGACCCCACGGCGAAUCAAAGUCCGGGGACAGUGCUGCGAGCAGUGGAUCUGUGAUGAACCCAGGAGAGGGCGCAAGACAGCCCCACGACAUGCAGUAGAGGUUUACCCGCCUGAGACCACGAGCUGGCACAAGAACUGUAUUACCCAAACUACCUCAUGGAGCCCCUGCUCAAAGACCUGUGGCCGUGGCCUGUCCAUGAGGAUCUCCAACGCCAACGACCAGUGUGAGUUGGUUAAGGAGUCUCGUCUCUGUAACCUGCGGCCAUGUGAGGUCGACAUCACCAAACACAUCAAGCCAGGAAAGAAAUGUCUUAAUAUCUACAGGGAAGAUCAGCCAUCAAACCUCACCAUCUCUGGCUGCACCAGCAAGAAGGCCUACCGGCCCAAAUACUGCGGCAUCUGUACGGAUGAGCGCUGCUGCAUCCCCUACAAAUCCAAGACCAUUGACGUGGAGUUUGAGUGUCCUAAUGGGACGGGAUUCACCUGGAAGAUGUUGUGGAUUCAGGCCUGCUUCUGCAACCUCAGCUGCAAAAACCCCAAUGACAUCUUUGCUGACCUGGAGAAUUAUUAUGGGUACCCAGAGGUUGUGAACUGAGAAGGGACCUGUCUGUUAUGCAGUCUGCACAAAGCUUUCUAACUUUUUCUUGACUUUCAUUUCCCAUGCUCGUUUUUUGUUAGUCCAAUUAUGUGUAAGGGAUUUUGUUGGGUUUUUUUCCUAUUGGAAAAAUCUGUAAAUAUCAAAUGUGUCUCCAGAAUGGAUUCAUAAAGCAUGGUGUGCCUUUGAAGACUAUUUAAAGAACUUUGCAAAUGAAAAUAUUUGACCAAGCAUGUGAAAUAUUGAAGGUCUAAUUUAUUUAUGUAGCUUUUGGCAUAUGUAAUAAUACAUUGUUAUUUUGAGGGUGUCGCAAAAAGACAUUGCUUGCCUGCCUUUAAACUCACGAGUGAAAGGAAACUAUACUUGCAGAUUUUUCCUUCAUACAUUUCAUUUUCCUUAUACGCAGAGAUGAACUGAGAUCCCCGGGACUACAUGUUCAUACACAAUAAAGACAAUCAGGGACGUUCUGUUACACGCUUUUUAUUGUCAUUUUUUUAAUAAAUACAAAUGGUUAUGUCAUUUUAAUGCUUUUCUACAACGUUAGAAGGUUGUGUAUUUACAAAGCUGUAUUUGUGUGUUCUACAAUGUCAAAUGUUGCAGUAGUGCAAGUAAAAUACAGGAGUAGAAGGUAUCAGGUAACUUCUAUGACUAUCCUCGUGUUUACAUGUGGACCUCUUUCUUCACUCACUCAAGAAUCCACACACAUAUAGAAGCAGCACAUCUAAAAAGGUGAACAAUUCCAUGGCACAUUGAUUGCAUAGAAAUCAUCAUAAAAAUCAAAACGAGAAAUGCUUUUGAUCCAUUAAUAAACCGUGUGAUGUAAAAGCAUUAGCAUUUGUUUUUCCAGUGUUUUUUGAUUGACGACAGAGCAUACAGUCUCAGUGGAAUGCACUUAUAAUUAUCUUCUUUUUUUUGGAUCAAUUUUUAAUUCACCUGUGAAUAGUUUAACAAUCUUGAGAAAAACAAAGAGAAAAGAAAGACAUUUGCACUGUGAAGCAAUUCGCUGUGCAUGAUAUCCUUGAAGUCUGCCCUUUCAUUUUCAAAGUUAUGUGUCGUGCCUCCCCAUUCUCUCUCCACAUCUACAAAUCUGCUCCUACAUACGAACGAUAACUCGUACAU